GAGCACUUCUCCUCUACCAACUGCUAGGUGCUCGUUCCUCUUUUUUUUUGUUCUUUCUUAUAUCAUAGAUAGCAGGUCGUACUGCUGAGUUAAACUAAUAGGCUAUUUAUUUGCAUUCAAAGAUGGACACUUUCACAGAGGAAUUGCAGCAGUUGCUUUUUCAGAGCACUGCCCCUGACACCGCACAGAUUACUGCUGCUACGGAUGCGUUGAAAAAGUACUAUAGUCAGCCUCAGUCGCUGCUAUCUUUGUUUCACAUUAUGACUUCCUGCGACAACUCGCAGGUUCGUCAGUUGGCUGCUGUCGAGGCCAGAAAGCUCUGCAGCACUUUCUGGCCCCAAGUCGCCGCAGAUGUUCAAGCACAGAUCCGCCAGAGUAUGCUUGACAUCAGCUUGAAGGAGCCUGUUAAGAUUGUUCAACACGCCUUUGCUCGUGUCAUCUCUGCUCUUGCCAAGCUUGAUUUGCCCGAAGGAAAAUGGAACGAACUGUCUGCGUUCUUGGUCAACGCUGCUAUGGACCAGAACGAGUCGGUUCGUGAGAUGGGCGUUUAUAUUUUGUACUCUAUUGUUGAGGCUGUGGACGUGGACGAGACUCUUCUGCUCGACUUCACCCAGCUCUUCUCUCAAACCAUUCAAGACACCAACCGUGAGGUCCGUGUCAUUUCCGCCCAGGGUCUCGGUGCUAUUGCUGAGAUCCUGGAUUCGGACAACAAGAAGCUGUUGGAGGCUUACCGUGCCACUCUCCCCAACUUGCUGAACGUUCUCCAAGACGUUGUCCAGACGGGUGAGACUGACAAGUGCAAGACGAUUUUCGAGGUGUUCAACACCUUCCUCAUUGCCUCCGGUGCCAUUAUCUCCAAGUCUUUGGGUAACAUCAUCGAGGUGAUCAUGAACAUUGCUUCCACCAAGCAAUUGGACCAGGAGAUUCGCUGCAUGGCUCUGUCCUUCAUCAUUUCUUGCGUCCGCUUUAAGAGCAGAAAAUUGCAGGCACUUAAGGUUGGUAAGCCCCUGGUGUAUGCGCUUUUGGAGAUUGCUACAGAAGAGGAUACGGACGACGUCGACGAGGAUUGUCCUUCUCGCUUGGCUCUUCGUUCUAUUGAUUUGUUGUCUACUCAUCUUCCUCCUACUCAUGUUUUCUAUCCUAUGUUUGAGGCCGUCCAAAGCUUCUCUCAAUCUCCCGAGCCUCGUUACCGUAAGGCUGCUCUCUUGGCUCUCGGCGUGUCUGUUGAAGGCAGUUCUGAGUCCGUCACGAGCAAGCUCACCGAGGUCUUCCCCAUCGUCGUUAGUGGUUUGUGCGACACCGACCCUGAGGUUCGUCAAGCUGCCUUGCUCGCACUCAGUCAGAUCGCUAUUGAGAUUCCCCACGAGGUUUCCAAGCAUCAUGCUCAAUUCUUGCCUCUCGUUUUCGAGCUCAUGUCUAUGCAAGGUGUGAAGGUCGGCAAGGCUGCCUGCAACUGCAUUGACGCCUUGCUCGAGGGUAUGGACAAGGAUGAGAUCGCUGGUUACAUGCCUACUUUGAUGGAGCGUUUGCUCUAUCUUUUGGAGGCCGACAUUACCUUGGACAUCAAGAGUUGUGUCGCUGCGGCCAUUGGUUCUGCUGCUUUUGCUGCCCAGGAAACUUUCCUGCCCUACUUUGAGCAUACCAUGAACAGUUUGUCGAACUGUUUGAAGAGCAACACCGAUGAGGAGACCUACGAGUUCCGCGGCACUGUCAUGGAUACCCUUGGCGCUAUUGCCAGUGCUGUUGGUAAGGAAGUUUUCUUGCCUUACACUGAGCAGCUUGUUCAAUUUGCCUACGAGGGCAUUCAAUUGGAUCACUCUCGUCUUCGUGAGUGCUCUUAUUGCUUCUACUCUGUCCUCGCUCGCGUCUACAAGGAGGAGUUUGCUCCAUUCUUGCCUCACAUCAUGCCUGCCUUGUUCAAGUCCUUGGAUCAAGAUGAGUCUGAUGUUAUUUCUGAGAAGGUUGGUGCACCCUCUGCCGACGAGAUCUCUCAGCUUCUUGAGGCCGCUGAGACUGGCAACGAGGAAGAGGAUGACGAAGAGCUUGAGAAGGCAAUGGGUGUUAACUCCGCCAUUGCCAUGGAAAAGGAGAUUGCUGCUGAUGCUGUUGGCGAGAUUUGUGCCUUUGUUGGUACUCCUUUCGUCGACUACUUGGAGCCUGCCGUUGAAAAGUUGGUUGCUUGCACUACCCACUUCUACGAGGGUGUUCGCAAGUCUGCCAUUAGCAGUCUCUGGCGCUGUGCCACUUCCUUUUACAAGAUUUCCAACGUCCCUCAAUGGGAAGCUGGUUUCCCUGUGAAGGUCCCUGUUCCUCAGCCCGUGCAAAAUGUUUUCGAGGCCGUUCGCAAGUGCAGUUUCGACACCUUGGAGGAGGAGUACGAGAAGUCCGUUGCAACUGAGGUUUUGCGUAACUUUGCCGAAGCCAUGAAGGCUUGUGGUCCCGCCGUUCUUGGCGACGACUAUGAGAGACUUUGUGAGGUUAUCCUUGAGGUUUUGCAAAAGCAACACAUGGUUCAAGCCGGUGAUGCUUUUGAUGAUGACUUCGAGGAGGAGGAUGUUGUCCAAGGUGAGGACGAUGAGGAUACCGAGCAAGAUGCACUUCUUAUUGACUCUGCUUCCGAUGUCAUCAUCGCCCUUUCUAUGGCUUUGGGUGCUGACUUUGCUAACUCGUUCAAGAUCUUCUUGCCUCAUGUUGCCAAGUACUACAUGAGCAAGAACGGUUCUGAGCGUGCCAUGUCUAUUGCUUGUAUUGGUGAGGUUGCUGGUGGUCUUCAAGCUGCUAUCACUCCUUUCACUGAAGAGAUCUUUAAGUUGUUCAUGACUGCACUCUCCGACUCUGAGGGUGAGGUUCAAAGCAAUGCCGCCUACUCUAUUGGUUUGCUUUGUCAAUACUCUACUGAAGACAUGAGCUCUCAAUACAUGAACAUUCUUCAGAAGCUUCAACCCUUCUUCGAAAAGGAGCUGUUCCGCACUGCUCGCGACAAUGCCGUUGGUUGCAUUGCUCGUCUGAUCUUGUCCCGUCCUGAGGCUAUUCCCUUGGAUCAAGUGUUCCCCAUCGUUGUGUCUAACUUGCCUUUGAAGGAGGACUACCUUGAGAAUGCCCCAGUGUACCGCAUGAUCAUCACUCUCUUCCACCAAAACAAUCCCGUUGUCCUUCAAUACGUUGAACAACUGAUUCAUAUUUUUGCAUCUGUUCUUACCGGACCUAGCGAACAGAUUAACGAUAAUGUUCGUGUUGAGCUCAUUAACCUUCUCAAGGCUCUCUCUCAGCAAUACUCUGCAGUAAUCUCUUCCAACCCCCAGUUGGUUGCCUUGUUACAGUAAGCUGUUGAGAACAAGGUUGUGACGUUAAAUUAUUUGGUUUCAUUUAUACUUUUGGUAGACUUUUAAUUGUAUUUUGACUUUUCAUUUCUGAGGUAAAUUUAAUUGCGAGGAAAUUCAAAAAUAAUAAUUGUUUAUGUGACCACUUACUUAUAUAAAUGCUAGGAGCUUUCCACGAGAAUCUUUAGGUCGCUGUGCAACUGCUUCCACAGAUG